GUCCGCGGCCCUAAAUCGGAUUCAGGAAUCGUAUUCCAGAUCCGAUCAUGGCGGCGGCGUUGGAGGUGGCGGAGCUGCGGCGGCGGAACGUAGAGCUGGAGCGCGCGGCCAUGGAAAGCCGGCAUAAAGAGGUGGUGCUGGGGCGGGAGCUGGAGUGGACGCGGGAGCGGCUCCGGGUGGCAGAGGAGGCGGAGGAGCGGCUGUGCGGCGAGAUUGGUGAGCUGGAGGCGGAGGCGGUCGUGCAGGCGCGGGAGUACCGCCGCCGAAUCGAGGCGCUCUCCCACCGCCUCGGCUCCGCCCUCGACCUCCUCGCCUCCGCCGGCCUCUACCUCUCCCCGGACUCUUGAAAGCACCCUCUCUCUGUGUAUCAUUAACGUAUCCGAUCGGAUUUGGUAUGAAAAAAUGAGAUCAAAAAAAGAUUAUUGCUACAUUAAUUUAAUUAACUGCGUGAUGUAUUUGAUCAUCAUAAUUUAUGAGAAAUGUUUAGUAAAAUUGUGUAAUUAGUGCA